AUGAAAGAAAUGUUGGACUACGAAAAGGAGAGAUGGAAAGAGAAAGGCCCAUAUUGGGUAUUUGGAAUUGCUUUAUUUAUGUUCUAUCCUUUAGUACUCCCAGAAUUAAUAAAGCCGUUAUAUGAAUUUUUGCUUUCUCACUUCGAUGAAUGCAUUACCUUUGUUUUAUUGAUUCAGAUUGUUCAUCAUGUAAGCUAUGCUCUGCAUUGUGCAAUUCUUAUCGUUAUAGCUUUGUUGAAGAAUCCCAGUUUAGAAAAAUUUAGAGUAAAUCCUUCUUCAUGGCCUUGGGAAGUGGAUAUGCCACUUAUAAAAAGAAACGCAGUUACCCUAUUCGUCAACUUUUUCCUUAUCAACCCUAUCGUGGCUUAUGUUGGCUAUAAGACCGAUUUAUUCAGUACUCGGUUUGAGACUGUUUAUCCUUCUUUUACUGAAGUUCUUUGGCAAAUACUGUUUUGUAUGGUAACUGAAGAUAUAUGGUCAUAUACAUUUCAUGCCCUCAACCACUAUGGCCCGCUUUAUAGGAAUAUUCAUAAAAAGCACCAUCAAUAUAAUAUCACAAUAGGUAUUUCAGCUGACUCCUCCCCAUCCUUGAUCGAACGAUUCACUGUAAAAAUUCUUAAAAAUUGGGAAAAAUUAACCCCCAUCCUUGAUCGAACGAUUUUCAUAUCAUGCAAAUUUUUUAUAUAUAAAAAAUAUAUUAGUUAUCAAAAGCUUGGGAAGAUGCGCCUAAUGAAGUUGUCGUCAGAGGCUUUGAGACAACAGAAAGUAUUCUUAUGAAAUUAUUUCAAUUUUUUGCUGUAAAAAUAAUUAUUAAAUACUCUUAACCCUCUAUUUAAAAAUAUAUUAAAAAAUAUAUAUAUUUUAUAUUUUAUAUAAAAUUUUUUUCCCAAAAAAUUUUUUUUAACCCUCAUCCUUGAUCGAACGAUGGCGAGCCGUUCGAUCAAGGAUGGGCGGAGUGAGUACGCCCAUCCAAUAGAGUUCAUAAUGGUCAACAUAGCAGCUUUAUCAACUGGCGUUAUUAUACUGAGGAAAAGGAUGCAUUAUAUUUCCUUUUUAUCAUAUAUGUCCUAUAGGAUUGGAGAUACUGUUGACCAGCAUGGGGGCUAUGAAUUUCCUAUUUCUCCAUUUUCGAUAUUGCCUUUUGCAACUACAGCGCAUUUUCAUGACUAUCAUCAUUCAGCAAAUAUAGGAAACUACGGCUCUCAAUUCGCUAUAUUGGAUGCUAUGUUUAAUACGUCUCCAGGCUUUUAUAAUCAUAUGAAGAAAAGAAAUAAGAAAUAUGUGAAGAGAGCUCCUCAAGGAUCUCAUACUGAGUAA